CUGCUGUAAAUGGGAGGAGCAGGAACAGAUCGGAAGCAGAAAGGCGGACAGAAACAGGCAGAACACAGCAUGUUGAGUUUUGAUGAAUUAUAAUUCCUGCUACAGCUUCAACACUGUAAUCUGAUGCAAAGCAAUGAAUAUCAUCCCACAGUUACAACUGACCAUCACCCAACUGACAGAAACACAUCCUAUAAUACAGAGUAUAAUUGACAACAACCUCAAGAAGCUCAAGAUAUUACUGAAGGAUAAGAACGCAAAUGAUCUUUACGCUGGCAGAGAGUGGGGUUUAAUAACCCCACUGAUUGCUGCGGUUGUAAAUCACAACAGGGACAUUUAUACUUACCUGUUGCAAAAAGGUGUGGAUCCAAAUUGCAAAUCCCAAAAUGGCUGGACACCUUUGCAUUAUGUCUCAAUUACCAAAGCACCACUUAUUUUUGUGGAGAAACUGUUAGAAGCAAAAGCAAACCCAAAUGGAUGGACUCCCAAGCAGAUAUUCACUCCACUGCAAAUCGCUGCUCUCUGUGACAGGGAUGAUGUCAUGAAAGUGCUUCUCUCAGCUGGGGCCAUGGUAACAUUGCUGCCUAUAAAACAUCCUGACGAUUUGAUUUACAAUAAGAAAAUAGCUGAGAUGAUUCAUAAUUUUGCAUCCAAAGGACACAAACUAUGCGCCAAAAUCAGAUAUUUCUUGGAUGCGGAAAUUGCUGUGCCACAAGAACCACCUGAAAAAGUGUUCAGAACCUUCAACCAACACAUGCUACUGGAAGAUCCUCGGACCCAUUUGACCAUGAUUGAAAUGCUGUUUACCGUCUCUGGGAAACUUGCAGAAAAAUACAGACAGCGAAGUAUUAAAUGGCUAAAAGAAACAAAAAAUGUAAAUACCUACAUCACAGGUGCAGUCAGUCGCUUUUCAAAGAUCCCUAAGACAGAUGUAAAAAGAGCUAUCGAUAGUUUAAAUGCAGUUUUCUGCACAAUGGAAGACAUCCCCAAUGAGCAGUCACUGGAUAUCAUCCCUGAACUCCUCGCGCAACUUUGCCUAAAAGAGAGGCCUGAUAUUUGGGCCGCUGUUAUGCGAACACUGUAUGUGAUAACACAGAAGACAAAAGGCCCAAAUGACUGGGAUUCCAGCUUCAUAGAGAAGUUAUGCAAAACAGUUGCUCCGUUUGUAAAUGACCAGUACUCCUCUGACAUCAGGGUCUACACAUAUGGCAUCUUUGCCAACUUGCUGUCAGUUGAAUAUGCAGCAAACAUUUUUACAUCAAUGGGAAUAAAUUCAGUGCCUGAAGACAUACUGACAUCUGCAGAUAUGGAAAUGAAUGACAAGCUGAAAGAAGGGCUCAGACGCCUGAAAAGUCAUUUCAGUGAACCAAACCAGGAAUGUGAGGACAAUAAAUCCUUACCUGAAUCCAAGAAAAAGAAGAAGAAAAAGAAGAAGAAGAAGGAAAGGUCAGAAAAAACAGAAGACCCAAAUGAUGACGUUUGCGCUGCAGCAACUGAUCCAGCAACAACAGUUGCUUUUGUGGAAUCAACUUCAAAUGGGAAGUCAUCCCAUUUGAAGGCCACUAACUCAUCAGGAACACAACCAUGGCUACAGCUUAGCAAGAGGUGGAAGGAAAAACUAGAGAAGCUUGUUGGCACCGAUAUAAGUAAAGUAACCAGAAUUAAAAGCCUUACUUAUGUGAAUGAUGCCGAAUUCUGCAUCGCAAAGGGAAGCGAUGGUACUAAAGUCUUCUUGGGUCUGAGAGAUGAUGGCACGGAAGUUGCAAUUAAGAAAAUGGAUAAAGACAACUAUAAAGCGCUGAAGAAUGAGGAAGGAAUUCUGCGACUUCCGGAGCUUGACCAUCCAUCUAUUGUACGAUACGUUGAUGCUGCAGAGGAUGAGAACUAUGGAUAUCUUGCUCUCCAACUUUGCGAAUACACCUUGGAAGAACAUAUGAGAAAUAAUGAUGUUGGCCUGCUGAUGAAAAAGAAGCUGGUCUCUGAAGUUCUUGAAAGUUUGAGGGUGCUUCACUGUCAUAAUCCUCAAAUUCUCCACCGAGAUCUCAAACCACAGAAUGUUUUGAUUGAUGUUAGCGGGAGGGCAAGAUUAGCUGAUUUUGGCAUAAGCAGACGGUUACACAAUGACCAAACAACUGUGCGCACAGCCAGCGCAGGAACAACUGGUUGGAUGGCUGCAGAGACUCUAACCGAAGAAUCUGUCAUACCAUACAAAUCAAGCACUGAUAUACAGGUGGCAGGGAUGCUGAUCUAUUAUAUCUUCUCUGGAGGACACCAUCCAUUUGGCACAACCUUUGUACGUGUAUCCAAUAUUCUGUAUGGGAAGUACAGUUUGGAUCAUGUUCAAGACAUGGUGGCAAAGGAUCUCAUCGAGUGGAUGAUCAAUAAAGAACCAAAGGAAAGACCCAGAGUGGAAGAAUGCUUGAGUCAUCCCUUCUGCUGGCUUCCUCAUAAGCAAGUUGAAUACUUGGGAAAGAUUGGUAACAGAGAGGAGGUGGCAAACUGUCGAAAGGCUGACCAGGAACUGAUUAAUUCGUUGGAAGAAUGUGCAGGGGGUGGAUCCUUCAAACAGUGGAAAAAUAAGUUUCCUCAAGAGCUUGUACAGAAGAUGGAUGGCAAAAACAAAGCCUACCCUGAAAACACACUGGGAUUACUGCGCUUCAUACGCAACCUCCAUGAGCACUAUGCUAAAGAUGCAGCACAAGUGGAUGUAACUGAGUUGUUUCCUGAUCUAUUUGGAUGCAUUUACAAGUUUGCCAAGACCCAAGGAUGGAAUUCAGAGACUCCACUGAAGGAAAUGUUUCGAAGAGAAGACAUCGGAGCCAUCUUUGUGUUUCCAGCCACAAACACUGAGGAGCAUCUGAGUGCCCCAGUUCAAGAGUCUCAGCCCUGUGACUCUGAAUUCAAAAAGGAUGAAAGACCUUGAAAAUGACUUCAGUGUCUUAUAAGCAGAGAAAACAAGAAAACAUACACACACACAAGCAAUUCACACUUAAUCAUGGUAGCACAGGUGUCACUACUAACAUCAAUCGUGUCUUUUUGUAUUUUAGUGUUACAGUAAAACAUGACAGUGCUACAUAGUUUUUGCUGUCAUUUAUGGUUUACAACUGUGUUCUUCUUACUGUAUCAAAAUGUCUUCUGUGAAAUAAGCCUCUGAACCUGUUUUCCAAAGUCUCAUGACUUUCUUGUCACUUUAGUAUUUCUAUUUGGAAAGAUUUUAUUCUUUUACUUGGCCAUUAUUCUUACAAGGAAUUAUUCAGUUUCUUUUUUUCUACUGUCAUGGAAAUUUAGUCUAGCUUCUCACUCACGUCUUUUUAUAACCUUCUGGCCUUUCAGUAACCUUUUGGAACUGUGAUAACCUGUGGCCUCUCUGCAACUUUUUGCACUUCUGUCUUGACCUAACUGCACAACUGGAUUAUACCGUCUUGUUUCAAUAUUGUUCUUAGAAAAGAGGAACUGAUGACUACGACUUCCGCACUCUGAGUGAAAGUUUGUUUCAUUCUGUUCUUGUCCCACUCUGCAGACUGCUCUGAACUCUUUAUGAUUGUCUGACCUUUGUGUGAAGAGGAAAUCUCACCAAGACAUUCUGCUCUCUAUUAGUUUAAGAUUCUCAUGAAAUAGAACUUCUAUAAUACUUCACAUUUAUCUGAUGGCAUUAGUUGCUAGUUACUUCAAAAAUGAAUGAUGAAACACAAAGCAUAUAAGAAAAAAACAACAUAAUUGACUAUUAGAGUUGAGCCACCAUUAGGUCGUGCAGGUGGCAAAAAUAGAAUUUGUUUCACAGACUAAUGCAUCAUUAUUGCCUAAAAAAAUGCUGAUUUUAUUCUUAUUCAAAAAUUACUUCUUCAGAUUUUGCUUUUGUGCUUAGUUUUUACUGCUGAUAUAAUUGUAUUACUACCAUUUUUAAUGUUUUAAUCGUUUCAUUUUCACUGAUAUUGCUGCACUUUGUGAGGGGAAAAGACAUGGUUGUAUUUUUGUAUAUCCAGCUAAAAAUAAAAAUAAUCUUGACGUUC